AUGAGCUUUAGUUAACAAAAGAGUUCAGAUACAAGUAUUGAGAAAACAAAUGAUCUCCUUAAGCAAGGGUUGAGGGACAUGAAUUAAGCAAACGAAAUCACAGAUUAAACAUAGAAAAAACUAUACGAAUAAAAUGAAAAAUUAGAUAAAGCAAUAGAUAACAUAGAUAAGUCAUAAUAAUCAAUAAAUAAUUCAUAAUAUAUUGCCAGAGGCAUGAAAUCAUUUUGGGGACAAUUAGUAAAUCUGUUUACCAAACCUAAAGCAGUUGAAUAAGAUGCUGAUUUAGAAAAAAUUCGUUAAAAAUAAUAGUAAUCUGCAUAGAAUACUGAAAGUAAUAAUGUAGGGUCUACUAAAAGUCAAUAAUAAGAAAAAAGUCAAAUUAGUAAAUCGCAAAUAGAGCAGUAAAAUGACCUCUUAGAUGAGAUAAAUAGCAAUGUAAGCAAAUACUAAAAAUAUUUUAAGUUAUUUAAUAUUAUUGUUAAUAAAAGGUUGAAUUGCUUUUAUAAAAACAAAUUGUAAUAGGAGAAGAAUUAAAAAAUUAAGAAUAGAAAUUGA